AUGAGUGGAGGGGAAUACCAGAGAGGCUCAUGGAGGGGCAGGGGUGGGGCUGGGGAAAGGAGAGGAGGAGGGGGAGGAUGGAGAGGAGGGGCAGGGGGGUGGAGAGGAGGAGGCUGGAGAGGUGGUGGGUGGAGAGGUGGGGAAAGAGGAGGAUGGAGGGGUAGGCCAUGGAGAGGAAGAGGAGGUAGUGAUGGAGGAGGAGGAAGAGGUGGCGGAAGUGGAGUCCGUACUACUAACUCUCAGAGAGGUCUCAGUCAGUCUACUUUAGACAGUUUGUGUCCCUAUAAAGGGUGGACCCUCUAUUUCACUGAAGGCUUCAUCCAGAGCUCACCGUGUGUGGAGAAGAUAAAAGUUUUUGAAAAAUAUUUCACCACCAAGAUUCAUCUUUAUGACAAGGAUGAGAUCGAGCGCCAGGGCAGUGUGCUGGUGGAUUAUGCGGACCUGGUCGGAGACGGUAUGGUGUCUGCCGCGCUGCCUGAACUAGCAACACAACUGAAGGAACAGCCAGAGACCAUUCUCAGUUGCCUGGGACUGGCAAUUCAUCAUGUGUUGACUAUAGACUUGGAGAAACAGGCUGCAGAGUUGCAAGUGGAGGGGCUUCCUGUGGCCACACCCAUCAUCAGCAUACCUCACAUCAGUGCAAGGUUGUAUAACUAUGAAUCCCUGACUCCGUUGCGGAUCCUGCGUGCCAAUGUAUUUGGUCGGCUGGUAUGUGUGAGGGGAACAGUAGUGCGGGUUAGCAACAUAAGACCUUUCUGCACCAGGCUGGCCUUCACAUGCCAAGGAUGCUCACAUAUACUGUCAGUGCCUCUACCGCUUGGAAAAUUUACAUCACCCAUCAAGUGUGUCCAGCCUGAAUGCCGCAGUCGGACUUUCAUCCCCAACAGAAGCUCCCCUCUCACACACACUGUAGACUGGCAGAUUAUCAAGGUGCAGGAACUAAUUGCCGGAGAGCAGAGAGAGGCUGGACGAAUCCCACGCACUGUAGAGUGUCACCUGACUUCCGAUCUAUGUGACAGUUGUGUCCCUGGAGAUACUGUGACUGUGACAGGAAUAGUUAGGGUUACCAGUGACGGAACUUCCAGAGGGAAGAAGGAUCAGUGUAUGUUUCUGCUCUACAUUGAAGCCAAUUCAGUCAGCAACACUAAAGGUCAGCGGGCUGGGAUAAGAGGUGAGGAGUCAAGCGGGAGUCAUUCUGGGUCAUCAGGAGUAUUGAGGGGUUUCGGUGAAGAGGAAUUUAGUCUCAAAGAGCUGUAUGCAGUUCAGGAAAUCCAGUCACAGCCUGACCUGCUGAGACUCAUAGUACAUUCUCUAUGCCCUGCCAUCUAUGGUCAUCAGCUAGUGAAAGCUGGCCUUGCCUUAGCCUUGUUUGGAGGCAGACAGAAGCAGACAGAUCGCAACAGCAUACCUAUAAGAGGGGAUCCACAUAUCCUGGUGGUGGGUGACCCUGGUCUAGGAAAGAGUCAGAUGUUACAGGCAGUUUGUAACAUAGCUCCCAGAGGAAUAUAUGUGUGUGGCAACAGUACCAGCACCUCAGGUCUAACAGUGAGUUUAUCCAGAGACCCGGGGUCAGCGGACUAUGCCCUUGAGGCUGGGGCCUUAGUGCUGGCUGACCAAGGUCUGUGUUGUAUUGAUGAGUUUGAUAAGUUGGGAAACCAGCAGCAAGCGCUAUUGGAAGCUAUGGAGCAGCAGUCUGUUAGCCUGGCCAAGGCUGGAAUAGUUUCCUCUCUGCCUGCCAGGACCUCAGUCAUUGCUGCUGCCAAUCCCACUGGAGGACAUUAUAACAGAGCCAAGACUGUCUCUGAAAAUUUAAGAAUGAACUCAGCUCUACUCUCACGUUUUGAUGUGGUUUUCCUCCUACUGGAUGUCCCAGAGGAGUCACAUGACCGCUGCCUAUCAGAACAUGUCAUGGCAGCCAGGACAGGAAAAGGUGGUGUGAGCAGCAUCAUGGUUACCAGAGCCAACAGAAGGGAAUCCGAGACCUCUCUGCUGCUAGAGCACUCAGAUGCACCCCUGACUGAACGCCUGCAGAUCCCUGCAGGUGAGUCGUUAGACAUCAUCCCAGCAUGCCUGUUGAGGAAGUAUGUCAGCUACGCUCGUCAGUACGUCCAUCCUUCCCUCUCCCCUGAGGCAGCACACACACUGCAGGAGUUCUACCUGUCGCUGAGGUCCCAGGCUCAAUCUGCCGAUGCAACACCCAUCACCACACGGCAGCUGGAAUCAUUAAUUAGGCUAACUGAGGCUAGAGCUAGGUUGGAGCUCAGAGAGACAGCUACCAGAAGCGAUGCUGAGGAUGUGGUUGAAAUCAUGAAACACAGUCUAGCUGAUACUUAUUCAGAUGGAUUUGGCAGUCUUGACUUCCAACGCUCUCACUUGGGGUCAGGCAUGAGUCAGCGAAGUACUGCAAAACGGCUGGUCAAUGCACUGCACGCACAUGCUCAAAAGACCAAUCAGAAGGUGUUCGACCUGCAGCAGCUCCGAUCUCUGGCUGAGAAACUGAACAUACAGGUGCUGGACUUUGAAGGUUUGGUCAGUUCUCUGAAUGAACAAGGUUUCCUACUAAAGAAGGGAGCCAGACUCUACCAGCUACAGACUGUCUGAUGACUAACACUACAACAAAGACCAGCCAACUUCCCCCUCUAACUUCAGACCUUACACAACCUCUCAAGUCUUGAAGUAACUUGCUGAUGUAAUCCUCCAGUGCUGACUUUUCUAAAUGAUAUAAGUGCCGUUAAAUAUGAACAUAAAUUCUCAUUUUCUGUUUUGAUGUUAUUACCUAAAUGUUUGCGAACUUUUAACAACUGAGUGCAUUUGACAGAGCUGUUGGACAGACGCAUUUUGUUAAUUUAAUGAAACCUGGAACAUUCUUCUGUUCUAUUAUACAGUACUGAAUUGUAAACCGAUGAUUUCUUUCUGUACAUAUGGCCUUGCACUAAAAAUAUGUCGUUGUAAUUAUAAAUUAUAAAUAAUUUUAAUACUUUUUUAUGAUGUAUCUAAAUUUCAGAUUAAGGAAAAUGUAUUUUUUGCAUAUAAGCAGAGAUAGGCAUCAUCACUUCAUAUGACUUUUGUGUUUCCUCUACACCUAAACCUCUUUGCUUCAGCAGCAGUAUUGCCUUAGUGCAAAAGUCAAGACCAUUUAUUCAAAGUGCCAGAAAACUGCUGGUCAGGUAAAACAGUGGAUAGAUUGCUGUUGUUGCACUCCCUUCUAAUACUGCCAGAGUAGUUGGGACUCCAACACCCCACCCACCUGCCCCUCCCACAAAAGUACCUGGAACAAGCAUUUUAACAUAUUUCGGGAAAAGGUGUGGACUCUUGCUAGUAGUUACCUGGUGGUUAACAAGAUUACAGACAUUUCUUUUAAGAGAAUGUAUUAUCUUAAACUAUUAUCCUGUCGAGUCCUUUCUGCUGAGAUUGAACAUGGAUGUUGAUGCAGGCUGUAUUUCAGAUUGAACAUGGAUGUUGAUGCAGGCUGUAUUUCUUGUGGUUUGCAUCCAGAGAAAUGCCCUUCAGUUAUUUUGGUUCUAUGAUCACCAUCGGAGGUUGUGUAAAGGCAGCUGUGGUAUGGUUGCUUAUAUUCACAAGGGUUUUGAACUGUCUCUGAAUUUAUAUUUAAAACAAAAUGCUUAGAAAAGUAAUAUUUCACAUGUAAUCAUGUUGCCUACGAGGCUUUUUUAAUCCAUGAAUGCAAGGUUUUAAAAGCUACACAUCUUUAACGUGUUUAAAAGGAAGCUGGUUCCUACUUAAAAACAUCUACUUAAUGCGAUGAAAAGGCUGAUAAAAGACAAAUUGUC